AUGGACGCUGGUGCCAACGGGAAAGCAGGCUGGCGGGAAUGUCGUGGCCGAACACUGCUGGGUGCGGCUGCAUACGGCGAUAAGAUGGUACGCACUCUGCUCAGCGCGGGGGCGACGGCAGCUCGGGGUGCUGACGACUCAUGCAGGGCGUUCAUGGUCGCUGGAGCAGACCCAAGUCUGCGUGAUCGGGUGGGCCAUAGUCCGCUCCACCUCGCUGCCGUAGCUAGGCAUCACCGAGUUGCAGGAAUGCUUCUUCUGAAAGGGUCCGAUGUAGUCGCGAAGACGGCUUAUCGGGACACUCCUCUCCACCUGGCUGCUUUCAAGGGCCAAGCUCUUUGUAUUUCUGAGCUUCUGCUGGGUGGUGCAGACAAGGACGUGGUCGAUGAUAAAGGUGAAACGGCACUGUUGACGGCAGAGAAAAUAAACCGCCUGGAGGCUGUCGAAGAGCUUCUGAGUGCUGGUGCCAACCACCGCAUGCUUUCCAACAACACCCGUUCUCCACUCGAGGUUGCUGCAAACGGAGGUCACGGGAACGUCGCAGCUCUCCACUGUGCUGCCGUUUUUGUUGUAGCUGUCCGUGACAACGGCGAUGCCGUGCGUGCACUGUUGGGAGCUGGGGCUGAUGUCAACGUGGAGGCCACCAACAACAUCUGCUUCACGCCGCUCCAUCUUGCCGCUUGUCAUCGGAUAGCAUCGGAUGGCACGAUUCGCGCCCUGUUGGAGGGAGGGGCCAAUAUCAAUGCGUGCACUGAAGACGAGACGCCACUACACGAAGCUUGCUGGCAUUUGAGUGUUGCUGGCGUGGAGCUUCUUCUGCAUUGGGGAGCAGAUGAGAAGCUCACGAACGACGUUGGAGACACGCCCGCCGACGUGAUAGGAACGCGGUCAUGGCGUCGCCGCGGCUGGUUGGUGCUGAGCCGUUACUGCCAGACCAGGGUAAACAUCGCAAACCGCAGCAGCAGCAGCGGCAACAGCGGUAACUCCGCCAAGGUGGCGAGGGCCAGCGGUGAGGAUGCGGGUCGACGUGAUGAAGAGACGGCGGACCAGAUGAUGGUGGACUUGAGGGAUUUGGUGGGCAGGCUGGUCGGACUGGAGGCAGGUGGCUUGUUCCGCUUGGUGGUGGGCUUCCUGUGA